UGUGCCGGCGCGCGUUUCUUUGCUUUCAAACACGUUGUCUUUUUAAAGCCCGGAGCUGGGGAGAACACUGCAGCUUUCGGGGCCAGGGAGAGGAUGGCGCCCCGGAGGCGGUGCGGUGCGGGCCCCCGCCGGUGCAGGCGUGGGCGACUGCGGCUUUAAGGAAAAGGCCCAGGGCUGGCGGCGAGUGGGGUUAGGGACAGCAGAAGGGUGGGAAGGGUAGGGGUGCGGGGAGGAGCCCUGAUGUAAGAAUGUUAAUGAGAGGCUCCCCCAGCCCAGCCCCCACCACUCCCCACCCCACCCCCACCCCCACCCCCCGCUGGAAAUACAAGCCCGGCCUCGGCUGGCCAUGUGUGGUAACACGCUCCGCCGCUGCCACGCUAUUUAAACGCGGGCUAUGGAUCCAGGAACCCGCGCGAAUCAAUGAGAUCAAACGAGAGGGAGAUGCACCGUCAAUUACAAGCACUUGGACAAGUCUAACUUUUUUUUUUUUUUUUUUUACAAAUACGCUUUCAAAAGAAACCUUAGCAACGCCCAUAUAAGAAGCCACCUCUAAGCAAAAUAGUAUAUUUAAAGCAAGGGCGAAUAUAUAUAUAUAUAUAUAUAUAUAACUAUAUGUAUAUAUACAAAUAUAUUACAGGCGUACAGGUUUACACCUGGUGAGCUUUUCUUCUUUUUCUUUUUUUAAAACUAGUGACAUUGCAAAGAAGGAUUCUUCCUAUCUUUUGGAGAGUUAGUGAAGGGGCUAUUCUAUUUUCUUAAAGCGCCCAAGGGGGCGCAGGGACCUCGGCGAGAAGAGGGGAGGAAAGACGAGGUGGGUGGGGGGCAGAGGGCGAAUCGGCUGCGAGGGCAGGAGCUUUCCUACGGCACGAUGCCUUCCCGGCUGGUGCUCGCUUUCUCCGCGUGCGUCCUGCUCGGCUGCUCGUCGCGGGCCGGCGGCACGGGCGGCGGCGGCGGCGGCGGCGGCGGGCGCCUGGAGCCGCAGACGAUCGAGGUGCUCGUACUGUUGCCCCAGGAUGACUCGUACCUGUUUUCCCUGGCCCGGGUGCGGCCGGCCAUCGAAUACGCCCUGCGCAGCGUGGAGGGCAACGCGACCGGGCGGCGGCUUCUGCCGACCGGCACUCGCUUCCAGGUGGCCUACGAAGACUCAGACUGCGGCAAUCGCGCACUCUUCAGCCUGGUGGACCGCGUGGCGGCGGCGCGGGGCGCCAAGCCGGACCUCAUCCUGGGGCCCGUGUGCGAGUACGCGGCGGCGCCUGUGGCCCGGCUUGCCUCGCACUGGGACCUUCCUAUGCUGUCGGCCGGGGCACUGGCCGCCGGCUUCCAGCACAAGGACACUGAGUACUCCCACCUCACGCGCGUGGCGCCCGCGUACGCCAAGAUGGGUGAGAUGAUGCUCGCUCUGUUCCGCCACCACCAGUGGAGCCGCGCCGCGCUGGUCUACAGCGACGACAAAAUGGAGCGUAACUGCUACUUCACCCUCGAGGGGGUCCACGAGGUCUUCCAGGAGGAGGGUUUGCACACGUCCGCCUACAAUUUCGAUGAAACCAAAGACUUGGACAUGGACGACAUCGUGCGCUACAUCCAGGCCAGUGAGCGAGUGGUGAUCAUGUGCGCGAGCAGCGACACCAUCCGCGGCAUCAUGCUGGCAGCGCACCGGCUCGGGAUGACCAGCGGGGACUACGCCUUCUUCAACAUCGAGCUCUUCAACAGCUCUUCCUACGGAGAUGGCUCGUGGAGGAGAGGAGACAAACAUGACUUUGAAGCUAAGCAAGCGUACUCAUCCCUCCAAACAAUCACCCUACUGAGGACAGUGAAACCUGAGUUUGAGAAGUUUUCCAUGGAGGUGAAAAGUUCUGUUGAGAAGCAAGGGCUCAAUGAGGAGGAUUACGUUAACAUGUUUGUUGAAGGAUUCCACGACGCCAUCCUCCUCUACGUUCUGGCUUUACACGAAGUACUCAGAGCUGGUUACAGCAAGAAGGAUGGAGGGAAAAUUAUCCAGCAGACUUGGAACCGAACCUUCGAAGGUAUUGCUGGGCAGGUGUCCAUAGAUGCCAACGGAGACCGGUACGGGGAUUAUUCCGUGAUCGCCAUGACCGAUGCAGAAGCGGGCACCCAGGAGGUUAUUGGUGAUUACUUUGGAAAAGAAGGUCGUUUUGAAAUGCGGCCGAACGUCAAAUAUCCUUGGGGACCUUUAAAACUGAGAAUAGAUGAAACCAGAGUGGUGGAUCACACAAACAGCUCUCCUUGCAAAUCAUCAGGUGGCCUAGAAGAAUCGGCAGUGACAGGAAUUGUUGUGGGGGCCUUACUAGGAGCUGGUUUGCUAAUGGCCUUCUACUUUUUCAGGAGUGUAAAAUAUGCCUCUGGCAGUGAAGUUAAGGCCAUUGUAUAGACCUCACACAGAUGAUGAUAGGAAUUCAGCAGGUAGGUUCCAGUGGCAUUGCCUCCUUCUUGUGAGUACGUAAGGGAGUGUUUAGAAACUGAAAAGAACACAUACCUAUGCUUCUCGGAACACAGAGAACUCAGAUCCUGAGUGGGUGUAGUUAAAAAGCCUAAAGCCAGUCAAAAUUAGGCUCCCUGAUCAACGUUUCAUGGGUUUUGUUUAGUUAUGACCUGUUGGUCUGUACUUCAGGAGGAAGCUGAAAAUGAGCUAAAUUUCUUCUUUGGUGGAGAAAAAUGAAGCUGUCUAAAAACACAAUAUGUUUUGGGGACAGUGUGGAAGCAUAGAGAACAAGGUGGUGCUGUUAGGAAGGCUCUGUUUCUUUUUCAGUUGAUCUUUAGAACUGCAGAAUAACCAGUAAUUUAGUCCUCUUUAACAGCCAGACUCAGACUCAGUAAAAAGCUUGGGACACACCCUGCAAGAAGAAUGGGGAGCUUGAUCCUCCAAAACAAACAGAAGAGGUAGCGUAGCAAGCUGCCACCGUCUGUACUACCGCACCCACCUCACCCCCACCCGUGCCCCAACCAUCCCUCAUGGCUACAGAGACACCUUCGCACCUUGCUGGUGCAGGUAGAAGCUUGUGAGUAGGACCUUCAUAUUCCUCAGAGGGAAAGAAGACAAAACCGUGUUGGCUGUAAGAAUGUAGCUGCUUUUUUGAUCAGAACACUUAUGGUAACUUGACCGCACAUGCCCCUGGGGCAGUUCAAGCCUGUGAUGUGCAUUUACUCCAGUCAGCCUGACUCUGGUUUUCCACAAGAAGAUCUCUCGAAUAUCUAUUGCAGGCACACUCCACAGCUAGACUCUAGGAUUAAAAUGCCUCUCAAAAGGUGCUGGAUUGGAGUUCGUUCAAAUUUUUCAUUAACCACUAAUGUUAAUUUAUACCAAAGGCAAAGCAAUUCUAAACCAGCUGACACUGUUAAUGGCCAUGUUUUAAGCUACGUCAAACAUAGGGAAAGGGCUUCAAUGGGAGCUGAGUCUCAGAAGUAAAAAUCCGUAUGUUAUAAUAGCUCUUUGAUGUAUAAAGUGUGGGAUGAUUCCUAGGGGAGAGAUUUGAACAAGUAGAAUUAAGUUAGCAAAAAUUCUGUGUUGCUUGAAUUCACAUGUUUAAAAGACCCAGAUUUCUAUGCACAAUGAAUAAAGGGUCCUUUCACCAAGUGUAAGUCACAACAUAGACUACCAAACUGUUUUUUAUUUGCUAGGAGAACAAAGCUGUCAUAGCACUUAAUAAUUGGGCAGAGAAUGUUGAGGAAGAGGAAAAUUUGAAUUUUGAAACAGGAUGUCUUAUUUAAUAUUCAGUGCCAAGGUUCGAAAAAGUUCAGUGUUUUGUGUCUUACUUACAAGGCAGCAAUGAGAUGCCCUCGACAGCCUGGAGAUGCUCUGAAUUUGCAGACCUGGGAAUCUGAGUCCUGGGAAUCUGAGCUUUGCUCCCUGUGCAUGGUGAAUAACUGGAACCAGGAGGAUGUGAAAUAGACACUGUGGAGAAUUACUUCUGCGGCCCUUGCCUUCUGGGCCACAUCAUUCAUUGUUUAUUUAAAUACACGACUACCAAACGAUACAUGAAUCUGGUAGAAAGGUAAAGUAAAAGCUGCACAAGCUAUAUAAUUUAUUAUUCUAAUGUAAGUAGAACUAUCUGCAUAUAAUGUGAUUUAAUUUAUUGUUAUUUUAUGUAGAAAAUGAGAAUUAAUGACUGUGGAUAUAACCCUUGUUUUGUAUAAUAUAUUCUAUUUCUGGUGCAAACAGGUCAUUUAAACUAUCUACUUCAUUUGGUGUUUGGAUAUAAAUGUGUACGUGUUCUUGUAAAUGUUUCUAUUAAGCAAGAAUGCCACAUGCUCACAGUGUAACAAUGUGUUCUCAUUAAAAAUACAUCCCACAGAAACCUUUUCCUGUUUAUAAUUCAGCCAACAUACACUGCACAUACCCAUAUAAUCUGAGGACUUUCUGUUCUCCUAGGACGAGUUUAAGUAAAAGAUUAAUUAGUGGAUGUGAUGCUGCUGGAAUGGUACCCAUGAAAGAACUCUGCCCUGCAAAGGAAAAUUUGCAGAAAUAGGAAAAGGAUGUAUUAUUAACAUGAGUUGAAUUGGCAGGUAAGGGAAGAAAUCCUCAGGAACUAAUAUAAUCUUGAGUACAGCUUGAGAACACCACGUAGUUACACAGUUGGCUUUACUGAUUCAUAUUAUGAUGUCCUUUGCCCACUUCAAAGAGGUCCUAAGUUGGUUUGUCAUUCCAAAGAGCCACUCAGGUUCUGGCAUACUCAGCAGGCUAACCAGCCUGAAGCAUCUUCAGUUGCCUCAGAGUUGUAAAA